CAACGCUGUCAUGCUACAUGCUAUUCAAGAGUUGCUCAGGAGGUGGAGCUUUGAAAAUAGAGGCUACGUGUCUCGAAAUAAUAAGUGCAUUUAAAUAAGUUAUCUUACCACAUAAUUAGAAGAGAUGAAAACAAAAAUCAUAAUGAAGAUUUAAAACGACAAGAAUCUUUCUAAGGACACAAUGUCUUCCAAAGACACUAUUAUUAAGAUUGAUGACUCAAAAAAUGGCAGAGAGAGUCAAAAAACAGAGAUUAAUAUACUUUGCCUCAAUCUAACGCCAUACAGCCAGCUAACACAGUUCCUUUGUUGUUGUAUAUUUGUAUUUAUUUGCUAUUUAGCCUAUGGAUUUUACCUAGAGCUCAUAUUUUCUGAGCCAGAGGUGAAGCCUGUGAGUUUGUAUAUAACUUUAGUACAAUUUAUUAUAACUAUGGCCCUCAGUUAUGUGGAAUCGUUGAUAAGGAAUCCGAUUAAGAGAAAAGUACCAUUAAAAAUAUAUGCCUUACUAGCAGCAUUGACACUUGGAACCAUGUCACUCUCAAACCUAGCACUAAGUUACCUAAAUUACCCGACGCAGCUGAUCUUCAAGAGCUGCAAGCUCAUACCGGUGAUGAUUGGGAGCAUCAUUAUACUGGGGAAGAGAUACGGUUUCCUGGACUAUGUUGCAGCUGUAGUCAUGUGUAUAGGUCUUACAAUGUUUACUUUAGCGGACUCAAUGACAUCUCCAAACUUCGACAUAAUCGGAGUGAUUGUGAUAUCCCUAGCUCUCCUGUGCGACGCCAUCAUCGGCAACGUGCAAGAGAAGGCCAUGAAGCAAUUCCAGGCAUCCAACAAUGAAGUGGUUUUCUACUCUUAUGCCAUUGGCUGCGUUUAUUUAGUAGUCAUUACAGGGAGUACGGGGAUAUUGACUAAAGGAUAUGUUUACUGCUCAGAGGUCGGCAGCCCGCUAACCAUGUAUGCCAACAUAUUCCUCUUAAGCUUGAGCGGGUACCUCGGCCUGCAGGCGGUGCUAACUCUAGUCCGGAUAAGCGGGGCCACGGUGGCGGUCACCGUCACCACUAUGCGGAAGGCGCUGUCUAUCGUCAUUUCGUUUGUGCUGUUCAGCAAGCCGUUCGUUUUCCAAUACGUAUGGUCCGGCAUGCUGGUGGCCCUAGCGAUAUACCUGAACCACUGCAGCAAGAAGAACCCGGGCUAUGUACCCGGUAUAGUUCUCGCCUGCUUGCAUUACACGCAGUCCUUCUACCAAUCAGAGUAUAGGUAUUUAAGGAUGAAGUCCAAAAUUUAUUCAGACACUGUAUAAAUACCUAGGAAGGUUUGAUUUAAUUGGCUUAUAGAAUAGUUAUACCGCUGACCGCUACACACGCCUACAUAAGAUUUUAAAACGUUGGUGCGGGUUUUGAGACUGCACCUGUAUUAGACAAUACUUUUAAGAGUAUUUUUGGAGUGUAACUCAAAAGGACUGGUCCUGUAAUAAAUGUGACGUUUUCAAUCAAAAGGUACCACAUUGACGCGUUCCAUAAGGACGAAAUUUGCUUGUAUUUACAUAAAAAUAACCUGACAGAGCGUCCUUAUGGCAAGUGACAAUGUUGCACCUUAUGCUUGAAAACGACACAAAUAUUCCGUGAUACAAUUUUUCGUUCUAAUUAAACAAGAGUAAUGGCAAAUGAUCCCUAUUGAAUAAUCAUACUUGGAUAUGAAGACAACGCACUUUGAUACAUGUUGCAGAAAUGCUGAGUCUACUCAAGGAAAAACUCAAGUUUUUAUUGAGACCUAAUAAAUGAACUAAUGAAUAAAAAUCUGAGUGACGAUGAGGACUCGAAUAACAGCAUUUGUUGUAGGCAUGUCUACUACACUUGUUUUCAUAUGUAGCAGUCAGUCGCGGUCAAUAAGUAAAGAAUUGAACGGCAUAGCCGGUAGCAUAUUUCUAAGAUGGACUUGUCGGUAUUCUUUACAACGCCCAAGUUUUCAUCAGUCUUGUACAGUUUCUAUCAACCAUAUUGUUCGUAAGUACCACAAGUGUCUCUUACCGUCGCACGUAUAAUUUCAAUUAAGACGGUUUUUACUUUAUAUAAAUAUUCUAGAAUCAAUCCUUUACAUUGUGAUAAUUACUUAUUUAAAAUAUUUAUUUAUGAUUAUUAGCAACAGUUACUUUAAUAAUUGUAUGACAAAAAUACGAUACAUUUUGAAGUAUUAUGGUAAAUAUUGUAACAAAAUGAGAUUACGAAUGUCGCAAAUAUCACUACACCUUAUAAAACGACGUCCCCCGCCGCUUCUGUCUGUUUGUGUGUUUGUAUGUUCGCGAUAAACUCAAAAACACUGAACGGAUUUUCAUGCGGUUUUAUAUAAACUUUAUUACGUACCUAUUUAAACUCACGCCGUUAUUAUUUGAGUACUUUUGUACUAUUUUAUUCUUAUAUUUAUGUUCAAAGCUGUAAAUGUAAAAUUUGAAUAAAAAUUACAUGUUUUAUAUCAAUGACAUUUAUUUCAUUGUAUGUACAAAACCUUAAAAAUCUAGUCAAUUUUCAUACAAAAGUGUCGAAAUUUAACGUGUUUGAAUAUUUGGAAUGUUAUUUAAGACACUAUUUUUCAUUGGCUUCAUACACUUCCUAAGAUGAUGAGAUGAUUAAGUGACUAAAGCAAGGAUUAUGCUUGUUAGGGCACUCGCACACCGCCGCGAUCUCGCCACUACUUUGCUAUACAGGCCAAGUAUAAAGGCAGUCUUAAACUUGUGACAGAACUGACCGCAAAAUUGUACAGCAAAGCCGUCUUAAAGAAUCCACAGCAAGUGUCCAGGCAUAAGUGUAGAAAAACAGAAAAUAUUAGUUACAUUAGGACAGGUAACCAACAUUAAGAUCAAUGAUCAGUCGUUUAAAUUGAAAUUAGUUUAUAAAUAUUUUACAAUUGUUACAUGUCAAUAGAUAAUUGGUCAAAAUUAUACUAAAGUUACACAGGUCACAAGUUCUAACUA